GUCUCUAAUCGAGUUGAGAAUAAUAGUAAGUCCCUUCAUCUCCUAGUAUGUUUCCAACUCAUCCUGCACUUGCAUCUCCUCCUCCAUUUUGAUCUCCACCUCAGCUAUGCCUCACGUUAUAUUUAGCCAUAUUGAUUGAGAUUCAUUUGGUAAUUACUUAAAGGUGUGUUUAAUUGCCUAUAGGGUUGUUUUUAUCUUUUUAAUACAUUUUGGUUAGUAUUUUAUGCAUUUUCAGGCUACAACACCUAGUGGACCACCUUGUAAGAGCUGGAGAAACCAGGACUAGUUAUCUGGACGCCAAAAAUAGAGCUGGAUUUUGAGCCCAAAUUGACGGCCAAAUUAUUGACCAUAAGCCAAAAUGGCCCCUCGUGCGCCAUUUUAUGGAAGGUUCAUUUCGACUUAAUCUGGUAAGAUAUUCCUUCUUGGACAUUUAGUUGAAGAUAUUUGAAAGACAUAUGACUAGCUAACAGACCCACUUGUCUUACUAGUCCAUCUCAAAAGGAGGGAUCCAUCGAUAGAUGUUAGGACAAGAAGAAUAGUCAGUGAAGGAAUAUGUGUGAAUUUCGUCUGUCACCUAUUUGUAUGUCGCCAAUUGUUAUGAUACCCGUCUAAGUGAUAGAGUAUCCUAGUAACUAAGGAGGCAAAACUCUAGCUAAUGGUAUAAAGAAGGAAAGAAGACAAAAGAGCAAAAGGACAAGGCAAGGAGACAAAAGACAAGGCCAGGCACCUGACAUUAGCAAGGACAAGGGGCAGGGGGACACCCUCUGUCAAAAAGUACCAUGUACAGUGUCAGAAGGUCUGAGGCGCCCGACCACAGCAUUUAUGGCUUGGCAGGCGCCCAGACCACUACCUAACCCUCAAAUGUGUAUAAAUAGGAGUUCUCUCCUCAUAAAUGGCAAUCUAUCUACUCUUACUAUUACUUCUCUCUACUUUCUCUCUCUAUAUACUUCUUCUCUUUUCUCACUUCUACUGAGGUGGGGCGCCUACCCCCUCAAAGUCAUGGCUGACGCCCCAAACCCCUUGGAUCCGAGUGACUCCCAGUCGCCCGGGCUCAAACAAUUGGCGCCCACCGUGGGGACAAGCAUGACUUUGAAAGACGCUUCCAACUCAAAGAAGGGGGAAGAAAGGAGUCCGGCACCAACGAAGACCCCUAUCAAGCAAGUCGUUGGUCGAGAAGCGAUCAACCCUCAACCACUCACCAUCCAAAGUUUGGAAGCAUCCGACGACGACGAUCCAUCAGGAGAGGGAGAAGACAUGGAGCGCCUGGAGGGCCAACUAGCGAAGCUUCGGGAAAAGCAAGCACUUCAAAUGGCCAGCACGCAAGGCCAACUGGAUCAAGUCAUGACCGCGUUGUCAGCACUAACAAAGGCAAACAAUCACGCGCCUCCCAAUCCCCAAGAAGCCACAGAGGAGAGGAGGCGCCUCCGAGGAAAGAUGCAAGAGGUUGAGGUGCUACCCAUGAACUCCCUACGGGAGGGUGUGGGCGCCUCACCCAACGAGGACGCAAUCGAAGCUGACGACGAUGUCUACCUGGAGAAGUACGCCCGACUCAACUACGGCGCCUCGGAAGAAAGAAGCGCCCUGGAAUUUUUGUAGGGGGAGGGCCGCCCUUUAAGUAGGCGUAACCCAAAGACACCCUAAGAGAGGCAAAAGCGUGCUAGGAGGAGUCCUUUUAUUCAGUUUCACUAUGUUUGGGAAAGGGUGUAAAUGGAAGGGGGUGCAAGUUUGGAGGGGUAAACACAAGUUCCAAGGUGUUUACCCCCGUUUGGUUAUUUUGUAACAGUAGGGGGGUGCAAAACGUGAGCGUAAAUUCACUGUUUCGGCUUACCCCCCAAAUUGGGGUGCAAGGGAAGGAAGGAAGGGAGGGGGAAGGGGGAGGAGGGGAAUUAUGAAUUUUUAAUUAGAUUAUAAUUACAUAAUAAUUAAUAUUAUUAAUUUUUUCUUAUAUCUAUAUUAGUGUAGAAGUUGUUUGGGGUUGACCGUUUGACUCAGAGAGCAAGUUUGUCAAUGUUCGCCUCGUCAAAUCGAUAUCUCUUAGUUGACCCGAAUUUGCAUUGAAAAUUAGAGAUAAGAAGCGUUUGUUGAAAAGAUAGAGAGGAACAGUUUAGUUAACUCGAUUUACUUUAAUAAGUAGUUAAAACUUACAGAUUCGAACGUGUUUGACUAAGUUUGACCAUAUUCAAUUUAAAGUUAGGCACGAGAACCCCGUUAGGAUGACUAGUUACGAGUUGGAUUUCGAGUUUCGAGGUUGCUCGACCAAUGAUUAUUAUUGUUGUUAUAAAUAAUUAUAUUUGAGCAUUAUUAUAUAAUAAUUAUUUUUAUUAAAAUUAUUUUUAUUAUUAUAUAUUGAAUUUUCAUGUUAUUAUUUUGUGAUAAUAUUUUAUAAAUUGAUAAAUUUAUUUUAUAAUAAUAUAAUUACUUACUUUUUACUCUAUUUGCACCCCCCUACUUUUUCAUCCAAACAACAAUUUACCCCUCCACUUACACCCUCCACCAAGUUGCACCCCCCAACAAUUUACCCCUCAACUUGUACCCCCCUCGAACUUGCACCCCCCUUGUUGCCAAACAUAGUGAAGGUUGGUAAUGUUAGGAAUUUUCGGGGAAAGGGACGCGCCCUGGCGAUACCCCAUGUAAUUCCCUAUUUUGCUCAAGGAACGGAUAUUCACUACUCGACAAUGCAAAGCUAUCCCUGUUUUAACAGAUGGAGUCACCCCAGACUCGCUUCCUCCGUCGAGGAGAAGCCUAAGCGUGUUACCACCUUCUCAGGGGUACACGUAAGAAAAAUCAAGUUUUGCUUAAGAUAGUCAUCUUAACAAAACCUUACCCGCAACCAGCGGAAGAGCCUUAGUGCUUACGCUCAGAUCUUCAUCCGAGCGUCGGGCGCUCGUUUUACGAGUCCCCAUGAGAGGUGGCGCCUUGGCCAUAUCCCUCGCAAAAUCCCUGCCUUGUCAGAAGGGGUCACCCAGACCCGCUUCCUCCGUCGAGGAGAAGCCUAAGCGUGUUACCACCUUCUCAGGGGUACACGUAAGAAAAAUCAAGUUUUGCUUAAGAUAGUCAUCUUAACAAAACCUUUUACCCGCA